CUGUUUAAAAUUCCAUUGCAUUAACAGUUUAAUAAACUUGCUCUUUGAAAUUAUUUUGAGAAUAAAAGUGUGCUGAACUUUAAUUUAACAGAUGAUCAGCAAGAGGAAACACAAAGGGACACUCGUUUUGUCCGGUUGUGGCAGCUUAGUCCAAAUGAUGAGCGAGCGUAACUGAUGACGUCAGUGUUUUUUAUUCGUGCGUCUGAUACGUGAGCCAGCGGUCAGUCUUCUGUCCACUUCGACUUCCUAUCCGUAAAAAAUAGUGAAAAGUCGGAUACAUGUCUACGCCAACAGGAAGAAAGCGUCUAAAAGCAGGUGAAACUGCAAAACAAACAUAGUUAGCGGAAUUUUAGCCAGUGUUAGCAUCAAAUUUGAUUUCCUAAAGUGCUAGUUAACAGCCUAGCUAGCUAAUUCACUGAAGUUACAGCCGUUAAUAGAGGUAAAGCUAGCUAAAGUUGAUAUUUUUCCAACCGAAAUAAUACAGUAUAGAUAGCUUACUUUAGCCCUGUACUUCAUGUAUGAAAUGCUGCCUAAAUUUCUCUAACACCUCACUAAGACGUAUUCCUACACUAAUAGUAAAGAAAAACCUACUUGGUCACCAGUGGACUAAAGCAAAAAUACGAACUGUUGAACAGCUUACACUUAAGCGAACUCUUCAAUGUGUGGAAACUCACAAUCUUUUAUUAAGCGCGUCGCACUGAAGCUGUAACUUCAUGGCUUGACAUUGAGAUGCAUAGCUUGAAUGACAGAUGGACCAUUUGGCUGGAGAAAGGGAAGAGAGCUGUGCCAGUUGUGAAGGUACAGCGGAGGCAAACGGAAUAAAGUCACUGAAGCAGUCGUUGGAGCAGGACUUGAUCUCAGGAUACAAAACAAGAAGACAACACGGAGGUGCAGAUACAGUACAGGUCUACGAUCACAGUCUACAGUAAACAUAAGUAUCAUAUGGUACCAUGACCUCAAGGAGCCAAAGCAGUGUACAAUAUGGAGCGCUUCGAGCUGGUGUAACUUCUCCCACUGUCCAGCUCCUUCUUAUUCUCAGCAGUCACCUACUCAAUGUCCAAGGUCAAGGAUCCCGUCUGCGCCAGGAGGACUCCCCACCCCGGAUUGUUGAGCACCCCUCUGACCUGAUCGUCUCCAAAGGGGAACCCGCCACCCUCAACUGUAAAGCAGAGGGGCGGCCGACCCCGACAGUGGAGUGGUACAAGGACGGAGAGCGGGUGGAAACGGACAAAGAUGACCCACGAUCUCACCGGAUGCUGCUGCCCAGCGGCUCCCUCUUCUUUCUACGCAUUGUUCAUGGACGACGGAGCAAACCAGACGAGGGAGCUUACGUCUGUGUGGCCCGGAACUACCUGGGAGAAGCUGUGAGCCGUAACGCAUCUUUGGAAGUAGCAUUGCUGCGAGAUGACUUCAGACAAAACCCGACAGACGUGGUGGUGGCAGCAGGAGAGCCAGCAAUCCUGGAGUGUGUUCCUCCCAGAGGCCAUCCUGAACCCACCAUCUACUGGAAGAAAGACAAAGUGCGGAUAGACGACAAGGAUGACAGGAUCACUAUCCGUGGAGGAAAACUAAUGAUCUCCAACACAAGAAAGAGCGAUGCGGGCAUGUACAUCUGUGUGGGUACCAACAUGGUCGGAGAGAGGGACAGCGAGACAGCACAAGUCACUGUGUUUGAGAGACCAACCUUCCUCCGCAGGCCCAUCAACCAGGUGGUGCUGGAAGAGGAGACUGUGGAGUUCCGCUGCCAGGUACAAGGAGACCCUCAGCCAAAUGUCCGCUGGAGGAAAGAUGACAUUGAUGUUCCUCGUGGAAGGUACGAGAUCAAGUAUGACAAGGACGACUAUGUGCUGAGAGUGAAGAAGGCUUCCAUUAGCGACGAGGGCACGUUCACCUGUGUGGCAGAAAACCGUGUGGGAAAGCUGGAGGCGUCCGCCACUCUCACAGUCAGAGCUCGCCCUGUUGCUGCACCCCAGUUUGUCAUCCGUCCAAGAGACCAAAUCGUGGCUCAAGGCCGCACUGCCACCUUCCCAUGUGAAACCAAAGGAAACCCUCAGCCUGCCGUCUUCUGGCAGAAAGAGGGUAGCCAGAAUUUGCUCUUUCCCAACCAACCCCAGCAGCCCAACAGUCGAUUCUCGGUGUCGCCCAGCGGAGACCUCACCAUCUCAUCUGUGCAGCGGGCAGAUGCUGGUUACUAUAUCUGCCAGGCCCUGACCGUUGCAGGCAGUAUACUUGCCAAGGCUCAACUGGAGGUCACAGAUGUGCUCACAGACAGGCCGCCCCCAAUUAUACGCCAAGGUCCGUCUAAUCAGACGCUGGCGGUGGACAGUGUGGCUCUGUUGAAGUGCCAGGCAUCAGGAGACCCCAUCCCCUCUGUCAGCUGGCUGAAGGAUGGGGUUAGUCUGCUGGGGAAGGACCCUCGUAUGUCCCUGCAGGAGCUGGGUAGCCUGCAGAUCAAAAGCAUCAGGCUUUCAGACUCUGGGAUCUACACAUGUGUGGCUACCAGCUCUAGUGGUGAAACAUCCUGGAGUGCUCUCUUGGAAGUCAAAGAAUCAGGGGGUGUGUUGGUUAUGAAGAAUCAUGAUGAAAAUGAGCUUCCAGGCCCACCAUCUAAACCUCAGGUCACUGAUGUCACCAAGAACAGUGUGUCCUUAUCCUGGCAGCCUGGGAUGGUUGGAGCAUCCCCGGUCUCCUCUUUUGUCAUUGAAGCAUUCAGUCAGUCAGUGAGCAACAGCUGGCAAACAGUUGCAGAUCAUAUCAAAACCACUCAGUUCACCGUCAAAGGUCUGCGCCCCAACACCAUCUACCUGUUCAUGGUGCGAGCUGUCAACAACCAGGGCCUGAGUGAUCCGAGCCCGAUGUCUGACCCUGUCAGAACACAAGACAUAAGUCCUCCUGCUCAGGGUGUGGACCACAGGCAUGUACAGAAAGAGCUUGGAGAGGUCAUAGUUCGUUUGCACAACCCAGUCGUCCUGAGCCCCACAACCAUUCAGGUUACUUGGACGGUGGACCGUCAGUCCCAGUUCAUCCAGGGCUACAGAGUGCUCUACAGGCAGACUUCAGGACUCCCUUUGCCAGGACCCUGGCAGACUCAGGAUGUGAAGGUUCCUUCUGAGCGCAGCGUUGUCCUCUCUUCACUUAAAAAGGGCAUUGUGUAUGAGAUCAAAGUCCGUCCUUAUUUCAACGAGUUCCAAGGCAUGGACAGCGAAUCCAGAACAGCACGGACGACAGAGGAAGCUCCCAGUGCCCCUCCUCAGCAGGUAACAGUCUUGACUGUGGGAAACCAGAACAGCACUUCAAUUAGCAUCUCCUGGGACCCUCCUCCUCCAGACCACCAGAACGGCAUCAUCCAGGAGUACAAGAUCUGGUGUCUAGGGAAUGAGACACGUUUCCAUGUAAAUAAGACAGUGGAUGCAGCCAUACGUUCAGUUGUAGUGGGUGGGCUGCAAGUGGGCGUGGUGUACCGGGUGGAGGUGGCUGCAAGCACAAGUGCUGGGGUUGGAGUCAAGAGCGAACCUCAGUCUAUUAUCAUCGGUAAGGAGUUCAGAGACGUGAUUAUACACGGGAACCGGAACAACAGCAUCACAGAGCAGAUCACUGAUGUGGUGAAACAGCCUGCGUUUAUCGCUGGUAUCGGUGGGGCCUGCUGGGUCAUCCUCAUGGGCUUCAGCAUUUGGCUCUACUGGAGGAGAAAGAAGAGAAAGGGUCUGAGCAACUAUGCAGUUCAGUCCUUCACCUUCACCCCUGCAGUUACGUUCCAGAGAGUUGAUGGUGGUCUGAUGAGCAAUGGAAGCCGGCCAGGCUUGCUGAACGCCAGUGACCCAGGCUACCCCUGGUUAGCGGACUCUUGGCCUGCCACCAGCCUGCCUGUCAACAGCAGCUCUGGGGGACCCAAUGACCUGAGCAACUUUGGCCGAGGAGAUAUCCCCACGGGUCAAGGAGAUAAAACAGGCACUAUGUUAUCUGAUGGAGCCAUCUACAGUAGCAUAGACUUCACCACCAAAGCCAACUACAACAGCCCUGGCCAAACAUCCCAGGCCACUCCCUACGCCACCACCCAGAUUCUCCAUUCCAGCAGUAUCCACGAGCUGGCUGUGGACCUACCUGAGGCCCAGUGGAAGGCCUCACUGCAGGCAAAGCAGGAGAUGGCCAGCCUGGGUUACUCCUUGCCUGACAAGAACUCUUGCAACAACACCCUCCUUUUCAUUCCUGACUACCGAUUGGCCGAUGGAUUGUCUAAUAGAAUCCCACACAACCAAUCACAAGAUUUCAGCACCACCAGCUCUCACAACAGCUCAGAGCGCAGCGGCAGUCUCUCAGGUGGAAAGGGAGGAAAGAAGAAGAAGACCAAAGCUGGCUCCAAACCCAGCAAAGCUAAUGGGUCCAACUGGGCCAAUGUUCCCCUGCCCCCUCCUCCUGUUCACCCCCUCCCUGGCACUGAGAUGGACCAUUAUCCCAAUGAGAUUCAUGAAGGAGGAGGGUAUGAGAGUGAUGGCUGGGGUCCCCCCAUGCCUGUGCAGACAUAUCUUCACCAGGGCAUGGAGGAUGAGCUGGAGGAGGAGGAAGAGCGGGUUCCCACCCCACCCAUCCGAGGUGUUGCCUCCUCCCCAGCUGCUGUCUCUUUUGGACAGCAGUCCACCGCAACCCUUACGCCUUCUCCAAGAGACGAAAUGCAGCCCAUGCUCCAGGCUCAUUUAGACGAACUGACCAGAGCAUAUCAGCUGGACAUGGCAAAACAAACAUGGCACAUGCAGGUUGGCUCCCUUCCUCCCCAGGCUCCAGCUCCUCCAGUGGGCUAUGUGUCGAGCACAAUGGUUUCUGACAUGGAGACUGACCUGCCUGACGAGGAUGAGGAAGAGGAGGAAGAGGAGGAGGACGAAGGCUAUGGAGCCAGGCAUCCUCGUGGUAUUGAGCACACACCAGGGUCUAGCAUGGACAACCUGGACAGCUCUUUAACAGGGUCCAUGGUGAAUGGGUGGGGCUCAGCCUCGGAGGACGACCGUAAUUUCUCCAGCCACAGGUCCAGUUUGGGCAGUUCGUCCGAUGGCUCCAUCUUUACUCACUGCAGCUUUGCCCAGGCCCUGGUGGCUGCGGCAGACAAGGCGGGAUACCGCCUGGAAGGCACAAGUCUCAGCAAGAGAGGUAAAGGCUUGUCCCACAGGCCCCGGCCCAGUAGUCCAUUCUCAACAGAUGGCAGCACAGUCGGCACGCACAGCCUGGGCCACCAGAGGGCCACCAGGCCCACACGCAAACCGAGAAGCCAGGGCACAGCACCCCACCGGAGAGAUCCUGGUGCAGACGACCUACCUCCUCCCCCUGAGCCUCCUCCCUGUCAGGGGCAGGGCCGUAUCCAGGGGGCCCGCAGCAUAAGCGGCAUGGCAGCCCCCACAGAGAGAAAGGCUUCAUCUCUGGAGCGCCCACCUAUGUCAGGAGUCCUGUCUGAUGAAGUAAAGAACUCCAUUGACAGACAGGCGCGUGCCACUCUGGACCAUCAUCGCCAGGCCCAAGACAGGCUGGGCUCCGUGGACCGAGCUGAUGAUGGACGGAGGGGACACAAAACAGAGGAAGGGUGCCUGCCAUACAGUAAACCAUCCUUCCCCUCCCCCGGGGGCCACAGCUCAUCUGGCACAGCCUCCUCGAAGGGCUCGACGGGGCCACGCAAGACCGAAGGUCCACGGCAGCCGCAGCAGUGGACGGCUUCAGAGCAUGCAGAAUUCCUGGGGGCCAACGGACAGGGACAGUACUCGGGAGAGUUAUAGUGAUCUGCCAGGGAUGUGAACUGGAAGAAAGAGCUGGCCUGUCCUCGAAGAAACGAUGCCCUCCCGGUUAGGGCAACGAACUUUGUCCUUCUCUGUGUGUCCUCAGAGGAGGGAGAGCAGCAGAGGGCAAGCAGUGUCACAGAAACUGUAAAUGUGAUGUAUAGACACAGACAUACUGUACAUCUCACUAUGUUUUUGUCCUCGAGAAAAUAUUUUCCACCUCCUACCUUACUGUAAUUUUCUUUUUGUUAGAAAAAGGCAAGUAAAAAAACAAGAAAACAUCUAUAAGAGAACAAUUUUUUCUGGUAACUGUCCUUUGGGGGGAAAAGGGAAUUUUGUUUCAUGUAAAUAUAUUCUUUAAGUUGUUGUUGCAUUGCUAUGCAAGCCUGAUUCAGUUUGAGCUUUUUAUUUACAUAAACAGGAACAGUCGGUUUUAUCUGGUCAUUUGUAUUAUAUGUGAAUUUGAGUGGCUGUUUUGCCAUAAAAUAAUUGUUUUAUAAUCCAUUGUUUGUUAAUAGUUACCAUUAAUUAUUAUCAUUAUUAUUAUUAAUUAUUGUUUUUGCACUGCAAUUUUUGGUGAUAAGCACAAAAACAUAGCUCCUGCUGACAUGAAGAACCGGAAGAAUAUGUGAAGAGGAGUUUCUGUACUGUAAAGUAAAGAGAAGAAAAUUAUAUACUAAUGUACAGAGAGAUAUUAAAGAGUUAGGCUUUGCUCACAAAUAAGGCACCCAUUUCUGUAGGUGAGACUAAAAGGGUGGCAGACACACAAGGUUAGAGAGUCUGAGGGGCAGAUAUGAGGCGUGAAGAACUGGACACAAAGCUGUAGCCGAAUGAGUAGAAUAUUUAAUUCAUGCUAGAAACUUUAAGUGCUCUGUAUUUUAGACAUUUCAAUGUGUUUUCUUAUUUACAGAAACAGACUGAGGAAGUUUUAUUUUUUUAUAAGUGUCGUCAAGCAUUUCAAGUUUUGUUUGUUUGAUUUACUGCCUAAAAUUUUGGCAAAUUUAUGCUCCAUGUUCAGAAAAACUAACCAUAAAACAGUCAGAAGAAGAGGGAAAAUCUGUCCAGUCAGAGCACUUACAGAGGCUGCUUUAUGAUUCUUUUAUCGCCUUAACAGGUUAACAGGUAAACAUCACAAAGGAGUAUUUCUUGUGAUUAGUAGCAAUUAUACUCCCACAUCUACCUUAAUGAUCAGUGGAGCAACACAAUUUGUUUACAUCUUUUUAUGUUUGAAAUUGUAUGUCUUUAGUUGAUUCCAUUUAAAUAUAGUUUGCUUUUUAGAGCACUUACUGUUUUAUUUUUGUUUCAUUGUUAUAAGAAUCCAGUGGCAUGUUAGGCCCAGCUACGUGCUGCUAAACUGAGGUGUCUCUAAAUGUUGGUGCUUCAGUCGCCAGCGCACUCUGAUCAGCACAGUGUUGUGUGAGAAGUAACGUGUAUGAUUUACAAUGUAGCUUUGAGUUACAAUGGAGAAAAGCCUUGUAUAUUAACAAAGCAGGUCUCACUGCCUCCAUGUCUACAGCCACACUGUGGAGCAGAUCACUUUCUAUCUGCCUGUGUGCCACAAAAACACACUUAUCAUCUGCCGCUUCAACUUCUCAGCCUCUGAAUCUCAAUAUUUUUGUCUCUUCAGACAAUGUUUUUAUUGGUUGUCCUUUUUUAAUGAAAAGCUUGUUUCUUUGUAUGCCUUUUAUGGACUCCAAAAACGCUGCUUACAACAAUGUUUUCGAUAUAAAUGUUCAGGAUUUUUGUGGUUUGAUGACUGUUUGUUUUGUCUUUUUUUGUACUGCUAAUGUUGAUAAAAGGGGGGGUGGAAACUAAAGGCCAUCAGAUGCUGUUGUACUGUUGUCGUCAUGCCAUCGUCAUUUUCUAUCAUCCGCCCAGUGGCCAGUGUUCUGGAAAUGAGGUGCAAGAGUAUCUCAGGUUAUUUUACAUUCUGGUGGUGUUUAUGUAUGUGUAUAUAUGUGUAUAUAUCCAUACGCAUCUCCACUUGAUUAUGCCAUUCCGUUUUCAUUGACAAAAAUAUCCCUCUCAUGCCCGUUUCUGUCGUCCCCUCCUUUCUUUUCUGCUGUGGGUUUUUGAUUCUAAGUAAAACGUGCUGGUUCAUCCACCUUAAGACAAGAUGUCAGUAAAAGAACAUACCAAAUUAAGAUUGAUAUUUUUAAUGUCUAUUGCGUUUUGUGUCUCUUUAAUACUCAUUGUUUUCUUUCCAAUCACAGUGUCGUUUUGUAUUUAUUAAAAUGAUAAUAAAAGUAUAUUGUGAAAUAUGCAUAAAGAUUCGUGGAAUAUAAGAUGUGUUUUUUGUUCCUUGUAAAGUUUGCUGUCAGAGGCGAGCAGCGAGGCCGUAAGGCGGCGAUGAUAGGAAGCACACACACAGGUGAAAAAUGCUGGGUCAGUAGUCGUCUGAGUCACUCUUCGUCCUGCAUGUUCACCGCACUGCUCCUCUCAUGUCAAAACUGAAGAAACUUUAAACCCCCUUUGAACACAAGGAGCAAAAAUGCUCACAAUUUGCUUGUGGAGACAAUAGAGAAAACGUCUUUUUGGAAGGAUGGAAGUACUUUGGCUUUCCCUCUCUUUUGUUUAUUUUCUCAAUAUUGUUGAUUCUUUGUAGCCUCUCUGUGUGUUGCCUUUUUGCUAUAAAAGAGGAUUAAAAACGACAAAAAGAGAAAGUUGUUGGGUGAAGUCUUUCUGUACAGUACGGGGUGAUCCGAUGCCAUUUCUACAGUACAUUCUGCUUUUUUUUCUUUUUCUGUAAACCACCUUCUGUACUCACUUGCAUGUCCUUGUCCAAGAAGAGAGUGGAUCAAGAAAAUAAACUUUUACAGUCUCAUUCCCAUGUCCUGUAAGAUAAAUCCAUGUUCUUUUAUUUCCUUG